UGGGGAUGUGUCCCCACCAAAGCUGAGACCAAACCUACGCCCUUGGCUCUGUCUGCAGAGUGAUGAUGGAAAAAAGAUUUAAAGGACGAAGGAUAUGGUCAUGUGAUUGCAUGUCCAGAUGAAGAAGAAAAGCCCUUUGCAGAGCUUCACUGUAAAACUGAAACAGACGAGUCCAGCGUUACUUACCCCGAAACACCACGGACAAGAGUGGAGAUUGAAGUGAAUGAAAGGGAGCAGGAGAGCGAUCUACUGGAAAAACUAGAGUCUGAAAUGUCAGGAUUUACUGAAUCGACACCGCUGCUCAUGCCAGUGAAGGAGAUAAAAGAAGAAGAGUUUGAUGAUUUCCUUCAAGAGCACAUGUUUGCAGACCAGGAUGUAAAAGGAGACCUCGGACUGGAUUAUGACUGCAAGACUGAAACACACACAUCACCGACCUUCAACUGCAAAGAAGAACAGUCUCCAGUGAUGGAAAUUAAACAGGAGGAAGAAUCUGAUUUAAAAGAAGAAUGCCAGAAAGACUCUUUCUGUAAAGGUGAGAUGAGACAUACUGGGGAAAAGGUACAUUAUUUUACCAGGAGGGGAAAGGCCUCCUCGAAGACGACUCAACACAAGUCUCACAUGACGAUCCACACAGGAGAAAAGACGUAUCAGUGCUCUGUCUGUGGAAAGACCUUAAGACGAAAAGAUAAUCUCAAGGCACACCAGAGGAUCCACACAGGAGAAAAGACACAUCAGUGCACUACAUGUGGGAUGAGUUUCAGGAUUAGGUCAAAGGUCACUGUCCAUCAGCGCACUCAUACAGGAGAAAAGCCACAUCAGUGCUCGGACUGUGGAAAGGCCUUUACUCAAAGGUCUUAUCUAACGCGACACCAGAUGGUUCACACAGGAGAAAAGCCGUAUCAGUGCUCUGACUGUGGCAAGUCCUUUAGUCAAAAAGCAUGUCUACAGGCACACCAGAGGAUCCACACAGGAGAAAAGCCGUUUCAGUGCACUACAUGUGGAAUGAGUUUCAGGACUAGGACAAAGGUCACCAUCCAUCAGCGCAUUCAUACAUGAGAAAAGCCACAUCAGUGCUCUGACUGUGGUAAGUCCUUUAAUCAUAACGCUGGUCUGCAGGAGCACCAGAGAAUCCACACAGGAGAAAAGCCGUUUCAGUGCUCUGCAUGUGGAAUGAGUUUCAGGACUAGGCAAUUGGUGACUAAGCAUCAGCGCAUGCAUACAGGAGAAAAGCCGUACCAGUGCUCUGACUAUGGAAAGGCCUUUAAUCAAAGGUUUAGUCUAAAGGAACACCAGAAUACCCACACAGGAGAAAAGCCGUAUCAAUGCCCCGACUGUGGAAAGGCCUUUAUUUAUAGGUCCGAUCUAAAGGCACACCAGAGGAUCCACACAGGAGAAAAGCCGUAUCAGUGUACUACAUGUGGUAAGAGUUUCAAAACUAGGAGCGAUGUGAACACUCAUCAGAAGGUCCACACAGGAGAAAAGCCGUAUCGGUGCUCUGACUGUGGAAAGGCCUUUAGUCAAAGGUCCCAUCUAAAGAUACACCAGAGGAUCCACACAGGAGAAAAGCCGUAUCAGUGUUCUACAUGUGGGAAGAGUUUCAAAACUAGGACCGAGAUGACCAUUCAUCAGCGCACCCACACAGGAGAAAAGCCGUGUCGGUGCUCUGACUGUGGAAAGGCCUUUAGGAAUGGACACAAUCUAAAGAAACACCAGAGGAUCCACAUGUCAUUUUAGUGCUCUGAUGUGGAAAGGCCUUCAGUCGUAUGUGAGUCCUAUGGGAACACCAAAGUAUUCACAGAGGAGAAUAUUGAACUUUGACAGCACGGAACGAUUUAAGUCAUUCCUAUUUUGCGCGGAGCCCGGCAGCAAGCACAACAAAAAUCUUUGGGACGUUACUUCAUUCAAGAGCAACCUGCGCAAUGUGUUCGGCCCUUAAUGUUACGAUUUCUGUUUCUUCCUUCGUUUUUUCAUUGGACAGAACUCCGCUGAACUGAGAGUCACCCCGUGUUGGGUGAAGCAAAAAACCCGACCAAACCGGACUAUACAAUGUUUGUUGAUAAAAUUAUGCAAAUAUUAAAUAAUCACAAUUCACUAAAACACAACAUAAACUGUUCUCUGAUUGGUCACUGGUGGUCCCCUAACUACUGGCUGAGUCAGGUUUGGGUGUCCAGCUGAAGAUUUUCGUAAUUGUAAUUGCCUGCAAUCUGAACUGAAGAUAUGUCUGGUAAACAAUAUUACUGGUUAAAAAAUGCUAUCUGGGAAGCGUUUGGCUCACCGCCCUUAGCUGAUCCACUGUUUGUGAAUUGGGGCUAUAGCAUACUGGGCAAGCUCUGUAGUGAUUGAUCAACAAAAAAUACUGUAUCCACAGCUUAUUAGUUGUGUUUUUAUGCAGAAAAAGAUCCUGGGAUCAAUUUCGCCGGUGUUACACAUUAGGCGGUAUUCUUUUUUGUAUAAAGACACUUACCUAGCACUUUCUCGUAAAAUCAUUUGACUGAAUUUAAUAAGAGUUUGACUUAUUUUAGGAUGUCUUAUGUGUGCAGCUUGUUUUAAAGUUAGUGUUUGAAUGCUGAUAUGAUUACAGACUAUACAAUGUUUGUUGA